AUGAACUCGAUGAAAAACGUCAAUCCUGCGCCCAAGAACCAAAUCUUCCCCAAAAGAUCCCAACAAGACGCGCCAUAUUCCCUAUCUGAACAGGAGCUCCGGAGCAAAAUCUAUUUUCCAGCAACAUUUUCCGCCUCCUCAAACAAACAACCAGUAAUUUUUAUCCCUGGAACAGCAGCCAUGGCGGGAACAACCUAUCGCGCGAACCUCGGUCCUCUGUUGGCCAACUCUGACUUUGCGGAUCCUUUAUGGGUUAACAUUCCUGAAGCGUCAUUAGGCGAUGCCCAAGUGAAUGCGGAGUACGUCGCCUACGCCAUGAACUACGUCCAAAGCAUGACAGGAAAGAAAGCUGCGGUUGCUGCCUGGAGCCAGGGCAACCUCAACGUGCAAUGGGCGUUGAAGUAUUGGCCAAGCACGAGAGACACGGUGACUGAUUUCGUGUCAUUUUCUCCCGACUUUCAUGGGACUACGGAAGCUUUCUUGGCUUGUGAUACGGCAGCAGCGAUCCUAGGAUGUACACCUAGUGUAUACCAGCAGAAGUACGAUUCAACCUUUGUUCAAACCCUUCGAGCGAAUGGAGGUGACAGUGCUUAUGUUCCGACGACGACUAUUUUUAGCGCUACUGACGAAAUCGUGCAACCACAAACAGGCGUCGCUGCCUCGGCUAUUCUUAAAGAUGGCAACGGCGUGGAUGUCACCAACGUCGAGGUCCAGAAAGCGUGCCCUGUAGGUGCGGCAGGCCAGGGUGUUACGCAUGAGGGCAUGCUGUAUAACGCACUAGCAUUCGCGCUUUUGAAAGAUGCCCUGGGCAAUGAAGGACCUGCGAACCUCGCCAGAAUCGACAAAUCAGUCUGUAAAGACCCGGCUGCAGGCCAGAUGGACAAGGAGGAGAUUAAAGCCACAGAAGGCAUUCUGGGUCAGGCCGCCAAGAACGUCUUGAUGUACAAGGGGAAGGUCAAGAACGAACCUCCCAUCAAGGCAUACGCACUAUGA